CGACGAUUACGCAGUACUAGCAUUAAUAAGUCGGAAGGAAAGCUAGAAUCCCCGCUUACUGCAAGUCAGAGGUCUGCUACAGACACAGUACAAAUUCUGAAGAAAGGCGGUGACAGAAGGUUAGACAUAGUGGUUGAACACAACAACCCGAUAAAUCACGAAGAUGGAAACCCCUUGAAAAAAUCGGUUGAAAAUGGGGGGACAACAACUACUGUCAAAUUUAAGACAGAUUCUGCUGAUACCAAGACAAGUACGAGCAGCGAGGUUAACGAUAACAUUUUAGCUGACUUGAUGCAAGGUCAGUAG